AUGGUGAAGGCAGCCGUAUCGUUCGGCGCCGCGUGCGGCUUUGCGUGUAUUUUGGCCUGUCUCUGGGCCGGAAUCGUCAUCACGAAUGACAUCAACAACAUGUACGAUGACGUCAUGGGAGAGCUCGGCGGCUUCCGAGUAUGUUUUUUUUUCUUUGCUAAAUCUUCAUUGAGAUUUCUUAGAAGUUGGUUGCUUAUAUCAAGCCUUUACGAUUUUAGGGAGUCUCUGACGAGGCUUGGGGAACCAUGAUGAACCUGCGACAAGGCUCCGUCGAGAGCGCCGAGGAGUACGUCCGCGGCAUCUUCGGCCGUCACAAGCGUAGCAACAGCCAGUGCAGCUGCGGACUUCCAAGCCAGAACUGCCCACCUGGACCACCUGGAAACCCAGGAGCUCCAGGAGAACCAGGAGCCACUGGUCCCGACGGCAAGAACGGCCCAACUGGACUUCCUGGCCUCAACAUCCCAGUCGCCAACGACUUCCCCAAGGGAUGCAUCAAGUGCCCGGCUGGACCACCAGGACCAGAUGGCCUUCCAGGACAAGAAGGCUUCCAAGGAAUGCCAGGAGAGCCAGGAAAGCGCGGACCACCCGGCAAGGACGGCGAGCCAGGACGUCUUGGAGAGAUCGGAGACGAGGGACAGCCAGGACAAGACGGUCAGCCAGGAAUGCCAGGACCCCCAGGACGCGACGGACUCACCGGAAAGGGAAUGCCAGGAAUGGCCGGAAGACCAGGAAUGGCUGGAGCCCGAGGAGAGCCUGGAAACUCUGGCAACCCGGGAGAAGAUGGAACUCCAGGAACUCAGGUCGGUGCUAUCUUUUCCGAGACUCGAAGAACUUCUUUACUUUCAGGGACCAACUGGCCAGCCUGGAAAGGACGGCUUCAACGGAAUGGACGGAACUCCCGGCCAAGCUGGUCCUCAAGGAGCCGUCGGCGCCGACGCCGAAUACUGCCCUUGCCCAGAGCGCCGCCGCCGCCGUCAUUAG